GGUACAGAGAAUAGGGACUCAUGGCAUCUCUUCAGACAUUUCUCGUUCUGUCCCUAUGUGCUACAAGCCUGUGUUUGCCAACAUCCUCACUCACAGGCACUACAGAGACUGAUGUAGAUAAUGGAAAAGACCAUGAUAUAUUUGAUAUAAAUGAAGAGGCAGGGCUUAACCUGUUGGAAGGGGACAUGGUGAUAGACAAGGCACAAAGCAAAAAUGGCAUUCUGGGUGAAAAGUAUCGCUGGCCUACGACUGUGCCGUACGUCUUAGACAAUAGCCUUGAAAUCAGUGCCAAAGGUGUGAUACUAAAAGCAUUUGAGCAAUACAGACUCAAGACUUGCAUUGACUUCAAACCCUGGAGUGGAGAGCCAAACUACAUUUUUGUAUUUAAAGGCAGUGGAUGUUACUCUUCGGUGGGGAAUCGGCAAGUUGGGAAACAGGAACUGUCAAUUGGUGCGAACUGUGAUCGUUUAGGAACGGUGGAGCAUGAGUUUCUGCAUGCUCUGGGUUUCUGGCACGAGCAGUCCAGAGCCGACAGAGAUGAUUAUGUCACAAUAGUGUGGGACGAGAUUGAAGAGGGUAAAGAGCACAACUUCAAAUCAUAUGAUGACACAGUGUCAACCUCACUCGGUGUGCCCUAUGACUAUGGUUCUGUCAUGCACUAUAGUAAGACAUCCUUCAACAAAGGCGAAGAGCCAACUAUUGUUACCAAGAUACCAGAAUUCUUGGAUGUGAUUGGCCAACGCAUGGAGUUUAGUGAUAGUGACCUGCUCAAGCUGAACAGGCUAUACAACUGCACUACAUCCUCAACUUUCCUGGACUCUUGCCACUUUGAGGAACCAAAUAUCUGUGGUAUGAUCCAGGGUGAGGGUGGAAAUGCCCUGUGGGCUCGUGUACAAAUGGUAGAGGGGGGUCCAAAGAACGACUUCACCACUCUGGGUCAAUGUCAAGGGGUUGGGUUCUUCAUGCAUUUCAGUACAGUCACGGGUAGCCAAGGAGUCAAGGCUUACCUGGAGAGUCGCCUCUUUUACCCUAACAGAGGAUUCCAAUGUCUGCAGUUCUAUCAUUACAAUAGUGGGGGUGCUGACGACCAGUUAAAUAUCUGGGUGCGCGAAUAUACUGAAGAAAACCCCAAAGGAGAACUAAGACUAAUUGAGAAGAUCAGUGGUGGACUUAAAGACUCCUGGGAGCUGUACCAUGUGACUCUAAAUGUCUCUCGAAAAUUCAGAGUGGUGUUUGAGGGGGUUAAAGGAAGAGAUGCAUCAAAGGGGGGGAUGUCUCUGGAUGACAUCAACCUCUCGGAGACACAGUGUCCUCAGCACACCUGGCGUAUUCGUGACUUUACCAGUCUUCUUGCUACAACCCCCACUGGUUCCAAAACCUACAGCCCUCGCUUCUUAUCCCCAGAUGGUUACUCAUUCCAGAUUGGCUUGUACAUUAAUGGAAUUAAGGAUAGCCCAGACAAAAUGGCAAUUUACUUCCACCUGACUUCUGGACCUUACGAUGAUAAUCUGCAAUGGCCAUGUCCAUGGAGACAGGCAUCUAUGGAGCUGAUGGACCAGAAUCCAGAUGUCCAACAUCGCAUGAACAACCUGAGGGCAAUUACUACAGAUCCAACUAAGACCUCCACAGAUUCUAUGGGUAAUGUAAAGUAUGUCUGGGAUGACCCAAGGAAAGUGGGCAGUCUAGUCACUGACACAGAUGGCAGUAAAUUCUACCGGGGGCCAGGUUACGGCACCAGCAGUUACAUCACACACGGUCGUCUGAAGAGUCGAAGCUUCAUCAAAGGAGAUGAUGUCAUCUUCCUCUUGUCUCUGGAAGAUUUGACUGAACUGUUGGACACUCAAUCUGGAGAGAUUUGGAGACCAGUUAGACACUUGCAGUCAGAGACGGACAACUCUAGUAACAGCUCCACAACAACAGUGGCAAUAAGCGCCUUUGUAGCAGUGGCCAUGUGCCUGGGUCUUGUUGUGAGUGCAUUGUACUAUUUGCAGAGAGUACAAAGGAGAAGACAGGUGGAAAGAGACGGAGAGAUUGAACCAGAAAUGACAGAUGGUUAAGACCAAAUAUCCAUUUAAAAGGACAGUGGACUACAAAGAAAGCACUUGCUGUCAAAUGCAGAAUAUGAUCAAUAGUGCAAUGGUAAUAUCUUGAUGUAGUAAGAACCUAGACUAAAAUCUACUUAAAUGUUAGUUAUGGAAACUGCCAUACUGUACAUUUACUUGGACAUACUGAAUUACCACUCCUUUUAGUUUUAACAAUGACUUAAAAUGCCAUAUGGCAAUUCUGUUCCACAGUGGAAAAUGGUUUAUAAAAAAAAAAAAAAAAAAAAGCUAUACUUGCUUUAAAUAUUUUAAUUGAUGUAUUUAUACACUUGAAAAUUCCUGCAAACUAAAAUUAUGUA